UUGCCAUUUUUAAAUUUUUAAUUCAACGAUGGUUUGCCUACCUCGCCGACGAUCGUUGUUAUCGCUGUUUGUCGGUGUGCUGUUUGGAUGCUGUAUCAUUUCACUCAUCAAUCAAUCACAUCAACUGUUUCAUCAAUAUAAUGUUAUUUUAGCCGACAAUUUGAAAAUACAGACAGAUGCAAAUGAAACACAAAGGCAUCAAGAUCCGAUCCUUGUCGUGCCAGAAGAGAAAGCAGGAGACCUGUACAAUAAAGUGCGUGUCUUGUGCUGGAUACUAACAUCACCGGAGAAUCACAACACACGAGCUAAGGCCGUUAAAGAAACGUGGGGUAAACGAUGUAAUGUUAUCUUGUUCAUGAGCUCAGCUAACGAUUCAACGUUGCCGUCCAUUGAAUUGGCCGUGCGAGAAGGCCGUAACGGCUUGUGGGGUAAGACAAGGGAAGCAUUCCGUUACGCGUGGGAUCGAUAUCAAGAUGAAGUUGAUUGGUUCCUCAAAGCUGACGAUGACACGUACGUUAUUGUUGAAAAUCUGCGUUAUUUUCUGUCGGCCUUCAACACGUCGAAACCCUUAUGGUUUGGCCAUAAGUUUAAGGCUAUUGUGAAAUCAGGGUAUUUUAGCGGUGGGGCUGGGUACGUUCUCAGUAGAGAAGCAACAAGGAGAUUCGUUAAGGAAGGGUAUUUUAACGCGUUGCUAUGCCGACAUGAUCACGAAGGCGCAGAAGAUGCCGAAAUGGGCAAAUGUAUGGAGAAGCUAAACGUCUCUACCAUGGAUUCCAGGGACUCAAGAGGAAGAGGCAGGUUCCAUCCAUUCGUGCCCAAUAGCGUUUACUUCCCCGGUGAAAUCACGGAAAGUUAUUGGUAUUGGAAAAACAUUUACUACCCCCCUACAAAGGAACGCGAUUGCUGUUCGGACAGCACCAUCUCUUUCCACUACGUCGAUACGAAAAUGAUGUACUUACUUGACCUGUUCCUCUAUCAAAUUCGACCAUUCGGAAUGGUAGAGCAAAGACCUGCCACUCCCGAACCACCACCCGAUUUGGAAUUGACUGCAAGUCCGUGGUUUGCCCCGAACGAAACAACGAUCGUACCUACGACCAGCACGUCUACCACGACUACUGCACCCAACAUAACAGAAGCUCGGCAUUCUCAGCAGACGCAUCAACAAUUACUCGAUUACUUGCUGAGUCAGCUACGUCCUUACGGAAUCGUAGACGGUAAUGAAACCACAACGACUACGACACCGAGUCCUAUGGUUAUCACGGGGAUCGUCGACGCCCAGCAGUUAGAAUACUUGCGCCAGUACGUACUGGAUCAACUUCAGCCAUUUGGAAUAAUCGAUCCUAACGAGGUGGCCAUGAUCACUUCUACUACUUCAUCCAUCCCUGUAGUGGCAAAUACGAUGGAUCAUCUUCCCAACAUGGACGCCAAAACUCUCUUGAUGCAAAUGCUGCGUUCGCUGGAAAAAAUUCAAAGUGAUGCAAAUACCAUACCCAUAUCGUAAAGAAGUUUGGUGAUAUUAAAAUCGGAUUAUUUUACAAA